AUGGCAUUGGUCUCCUACUCCGAUUCAGAAGGUUCAGAUACCGAAUCCGCCCCCUCAGCACCAACUCUUCCACCUCCAAAGGCCAAAUCCUCACUCUCCGGUUUCCUCCCUCCGCCCAGUAAAAAGCGAAAACUCGUCGAUGAUACCAAACCCGACGCCACUUCCACCGGUCCUCGAAAGAUAAAGAUCGAAUUACCAAAAAUCACACCGGAUAUAGACGAUGUCGAUGCAUCAUCAUCUUCUUCGUCGCGUGCAAGGAUUGGGAAGUCGACGGGUGGGAGUGGGAUGUUAAGUUUCUUACCCGCGCCUAAAAGAACCGGCGCGGAGGCAGCGAAGGUCGCGCAGGAAUCUGAGAAGAAAGUAACUGCUGCUGUUACUGCUGAAAGUGAUAGCGCGCCUAGAAUGCUCGGUGGUGGUAUCAAAAAGAUGGAAUACGCGGGAACAGGCAUGGAUUUCCAACCUACAGUCGAAGAUGAUCCCGAAACCUCAAAUUUUACACCACCACCACCAGCCACGGAAGAAGUUCUUACAAAACCACCGGUGGAAACAAAACCGGCGGGGCCGAUACAAGGACGAGCAAUCCAACCAUUCUUUAAGAAAUCUGCGACGAAGAAGAAGGCUACCACGAAACCGACCGGUGCCACGAAAGUGGAGGAAAAGAAGGUGUCGUUAUUCUCGUUAGGGUCGGCGUUGAAUGAACGGCCCCUGGCGGCGUCUACAGCACUGACCGCUGCUGAAUACAAACCAUUAUUAGUCGAGGAAUCGGCUCCAGCGGUCGAAGAUGAAGUCCCGGUCGAGGCAUCGUAUCAAGAGGAGGUGUACACCGAAACAUCAUACCAGCCUGCGCUCGGCGCCCAAACCUUUCAGAGUAUCAGCGAGGAAGUGGGUAUGGACGAAGCGGAAAUGCGAAUGUUCAUGGGGCGACGAGGUCGGAACGCAGAGAUCAAGCUUGUGGACUUCAAUGUCGAUAAGGAAUAUGAAAGGAACGAGGCGGCUCGCGCGGCGGGAGAACUGGCACCGGAAAGAAAUGUUGUCAGGAGUAUCAAGCCCGGAAAGCACCAACUUACCAGCUUGCUCAAUGCUGCACAAAGCCAACGGGCAGCCCUGGAAGAGUCCUUCGCAGAAGGACGACGGAACAAGAAAGAGGCAGGAUCAAAAUAUGGCUGGUAG